AUGGCCGCUUCAGCACCUCAAUUGUCUGAUGGAAAUCCUCAAGGGUACAUCUCUAUUUCUGACAUUGAUGAGCUCCAGAUCUAUGAAGAUGGGACUUUGGAAGCUGUCUUGUCGGCCUAUUCAAUAUCGAUAAAGCUAGAGUACAAAUUCUUACACACUGCUGCUGCACCCUAUCUGGUGGGAAAGCCGGCCACCAGUAGAGAGCACUUGAAGGUGCUAUGGCACAUUCCAACAUUUAAUGAUCUGGAAAUGCUGCCAGGGGUAACUGCAUUCAUGCUCGAGAGUCUCAUGUGGAGACCUCUUGGAGGCAUUGCGCAUUGGGCGACUAAGGCCAUCAUUCUGGUAGGACCAUUGGGCUAUCGCAAACAAUACUAA